GUGAAGAGAUGGCAUUUGUGAAGAGUGGCUGGUUGCUGCGACAGAGUACUAUUUUGAAGCGCUGGAAGAAGAACUGGUUUGAUCUGUGGUCGGAUGGUCACCUAAUCUAUUAUGAUGACCAGACUCGGCAGAAUAUCGAGGAUAAGGUCCACAUGCCAGUGGACUGUAUCAACAUCCGCACGGGGCAGGAAUGUCGGGAUAUUCAGCCUCCAGAUGGAAAGUCAAAAGACUGCAUGCUCCAGAUUGUUUGUCGAGAUGGGAAAACAAUUAGUCUUUGUGCAGAAAGCACAGACGAUUGCUUGGCCUGGAAAUUUACACUCCAGGAUUCUAGGACAAACACAGCGUAUGUGGGCUCUGCAGUCAUGACUGAUGAGACAUCCGUGGUUUCCUCGCCUCCACCAUACACGGCCUAUGCUGCACCGGCCCCUGAGCAGGCGUCAGGCUAUGGCCAUUAUGGUGGUGCGUACCCGCCAGGGAACUCAAUUGUCUAUGGCUGCGAAUGGGCAGGCGUAUGCGUGCCCUACCAGUACCCAUAUGCAGAGACCAUCCUCAUGACACGUCAUUGCACUGCAGUUUCCAGGGGACUUUAUGGACAGCAGCCUGCUAACCAAGUCAUCAUUCGAGAGCGGUAUCGAGACAACGACAGUGACCUGGCACUGGGCAUGCUGGCAGGAGCAGCCACGGGCAUGGCCUUAGGGUCUCUAUUUUGGGUCUUCUAGGGGCCUCAAGGUCUUGAUGUGCAUAGCUUCUGAUAACCCUGUGUGCAAUAAUAUGAUUUGCAGGGCAUUUCUGUGUGUGACAAAUGUUUUUAAUAAUAGUUUUAAUGGUUCCUUUGAAAGUAGUGAUGUCAUAAUUGUAACUAAUCCACAUAAGUACCACAGAGAAAGGUUUGAACUGUGCUGUUGUGUUCAAACGCUGGCUCUCCGGGGCACUGGCUCAUUCCAAGACUGUCCUUGUGCAACUCUCGGAACACCUUAUUUGAGCACACCUGUUUUGAAAGGCAUUUUCUUUUUAGAGUUAGGUGUAGUGCUUAAGGGUUAAUUUAUUUUCAUGUUAUGCUGGUAAUAUAGUGUUGUAUGCCUAAUGAGUGAUUGUGGCAAGAAAAGCUAUAGCUUUCCAUUUAACUUUUUCAAACCACAGACCAGAACUGGUUGCUUGUUACUUUAGGAGUUGUGGGUUGGUAAGCUCCCAGGUACUUCCCGGGGCCAUGGUGUGAGAGCCCCUGUCCUGCCCUCUGGGGCUCCACAGGCCCCCGGCAAGGCCUACGGCUCAGGAUGACAGGGCACAGCCCGCCUUUGAAAAAUGAUGCUUCAGAAGUCUGCCUGACUCUAGCUGCUGCUUCUCACCUUAUUCUGGUAUGGUUUUGGUAGCCAUACUUGGAGAACGUUUCCCGCAUUGGGAAUUGAUUUGAGCCUGCAAGUUUGAGGGCUUUAUCCUUUAAAACUUGGAGAAGCCGGAACAAUAACAAACAAGUGUGUGGAGGCAGAUUUGCUUUAUUCCAAGAGAGCUGUUUGAGUGUGUGUCUGCCUAAGCCUCCCGAUAGCCUAGUUUUCUACUUGCUGAGGAAGUAAUGUUAAAGGAACAGCGAGGGAGCGGAAGGAGAGCCUUAGUUAGGCCGUUCCCAUUUCAGGCCUUCACGGGGUUGCGCUGUGCGGGAGAUGCUCUCAUCUCUCUGAAGGCCCAUCCUGUGCAGAAGUGGGGCCUGUGGCUGUUCACGGAGCACCAGGGCAGACCGUAGCUGAGCAGACUUGGGUUAUGGGUGGGAAAUGGGGCCCAGGGACCCUCAGGACACAGGGACCGGCUCAAGGUACCACUCAGCCCGGCCAGGAUCCCCAGCCUUGCUUUUGUUCUUGAUCUCUUUGUGAUAGAGAAGCUUAGAACAUUGAAUUUUGAGCCCCAAAAUGUGUGAGUCUUUGGAAAAACCAUUCCAGCCUUUCUGUCAAAUGCUCUUAUUUUCAAUAUUCUGAAGUAUGUAUUUGAAAUAUUCACAUUUCUGUUAUUUCUUGUUUUUAAGCUCUGAAUUAUUCCAGUUUUCUGUCCUGCAUGCUUUCAACAGUGUGCUUUUACAGAGGCAGUUUAGCACAGUGAAUGUCCCUGCCCCACACUCCAUAUGGUCCUGUUGUCCUGAAAAUACACUCCAGGUAGCACAGACUUGUUAUUUUGCCUGGCUGGUUACACACAUGCUGUCUUGCUUUGCUGCUCAGCCACCUCCCUCUGAGGCCAACUUAGGCCAACCUACCUGGGACUCCAUCUGAAGUCAGACGCCAGAGAAACUGAGUGGUGACCAUGGGUCUGCUUUUCUCUCUGAUCCUAGGGGACGUGUUGACAUGGGAGUAUCUGUUCCCACAUGGAAGGAUGUGUGUUUAUCUCUCAUCUCUGAAUAGAUGUAAUAUAUGACAAGUCUAGUGUCCAUGGUUUAAAAUGUUGCUUUGAGGAUUCUCCAUCCUGUAUAAGAAGAAUGACUUUCUUCAGAUUAUAAUCGUUAUUAAAGCUGUAUGUACCCUUUA